GCCAUGAUGACCUAAAUCGCUUCGAGAGAACUCGUCGUACUCGCAACAAAUGUGUUAAAUGUGCUAGUGUUACGGUUUAUUUAUUACAGUGAACAAAGUUCAAGUGUACACCGAGAAGCAAGUGACAAUUCAGCAAUGAAUAGAGAUUAUCCGGGAAAUAUUGAUGCAAUAGGCAGCGAAUGGACAAACUAUCCGAACCAACCCCCUCCUCCCCCGUACCACGAUAUCCUAGAACCCCGCUCGCUGGCUUCAGGUGUAGAUCCGGCUGAGGCUGUUCAUCUUACUGCUCCAGCGGGGUAUGAAUAUAUGGGAGCACCGUUGCAGCCACCCAGCUAUGAUGAAGCAAUACUUUCCGAACCUCGACAGGAAAACCAAAUGAGAUUUCCCACUAUAACUGACGACGAUGUACGUGAUGCGUUGCUACGUUACAUUGACCAUGAUGCUUGUUGCUGGGGAAGAGCUGCUGCCGUUGAAAUGAGUAUCAACGAUAUACAAACCAACAGUGCUUUUCACUACACCCUUGAAACCUUUGCUGAAAGCAGAACGACAAGUUGGGUUUUUGAACCGUAUUUUGGCCAGGAGAUCGAAUCUGUCGACGGUUACACGCCUCCGGCUCCCUGGGACAUCAACGUACAACCUACCGAUACAUUUAAAGAUGGUCGAACGUUUUUGGAAGUACCACACACAGCUACUGUCAAGAAUUGCAACAAAUGCAGGGGCAGUGGAAGGACAACGUGUGUCACGUGUCGAGGUGUAACAUUGCAGCCAUGUACUUUUUGUUCGGGGAGUGGCCAUACAUCAAAAUAUGAGGCCAGUGGUGGCGUUGUUAGUGGAAGCUGCAUUUGUGGUUCGUGUGCAGGGACGGGCCGUCGAUCAUGUCUUCCCUGUUCCGGUGUCGGCACUCAACCCUGUAAAAUUUGCAAGGCAAAAGGGCGACUGAAGGUCUACGUGAAACUUACUAUUCGCUGGAAAGUGCACAAAGACGACCAUGUUGUGGAUGGCACAUCGGUAAUUCCAAAUGAUCUAAUUCGCCAUGUCCAAGGUGAUACCAGCUUUCAAGAAGAAAAGCAAAGAGUGUCUCCAAUUGUAUCAUUCCCUGAUAUUAACGUGAAUAAUGCAUCCAGACAACUCGUAGAAAAACAUAGAACUUCUUUUCCCAUGGAAAAAAUAUUGAAGCAGCGUCACAAGAUUCGUAUCGUACCAAUUACGACGGUUCAAUCUCACUGGUCGAGAGAAGACUUCAACUAUUACGUCAUCGGGUUUGAAAAACAGAUCUAUGCGCCAGAGUACCCUCUAAGAAACUGUGGCAUGUGUGCCAUACUGUGACGUGUCAGUCGUGUAUAGUACUGUGACGUCAGAGUUGAAAAGGGACAUGCAUAUUUUUGUCAACUGAAUAAUUAUUCAAAUAUAGCAUAUGCGAGUUGAAAGUCAUGGAUCGUAGUACCGCGGUGUUUCACGUCGAAUUAAAUAUUGAAAACAAUGUCAAGAAACACUAAACUGUUAAUGCGUCACUGGUUGUCAUCAUUUUUGUUCUUCACUUAGAAAUUAUAGUAAAAGGUAAAACAAAUCGAUGAAACACUCAAGUUUAUAUAAAUAGAGGACAUUUCACCAAUGUUCAUACAAUACAAAAUCUGAUAGCCUGUUUAUCCCAUAUAUUAGUUUCAUACCUUUAAAAACGCAAUAAUUAACGGUAAAAAAAUAAGUGUUUAUCUCAUUUGAUCGGGGA